CACUGGGCUGCAGAGAGCACUUUGCACCACAGAUAGCAGAAGCAAAGCCAGAGGGAGUGGGGAGAGGAGAGGAGUCAGUCGUUCCAGGGGAAGGAAGAGAGUGAGACAGGCUGGGGGAAGGAGAACAGAAAGUGUGUGUAAAACGGAGUAAAGAAGGGGGGAGUAAAAAAAAAAAAAACCUGCCCUUAAAGCACAUUUUAAAAACUCUGGCAACUCAAGAAAAGAAACAGGCUACGUAUCUGAACAUAGAGACAAUGAAAAGCUACAGAAAAUUUUGCUGUCUCUGCCACAGUCUCAUAGGUGCUUGGAAAUGAAAGUGGAACUGCCUGUCUUUAACCGACUCUGAGAGGGUAACUGGAUUAGGGACCGGUACGCCAGUAUUUUUUUUUUUUAGGUGUUUUUUUUUUUUAACAUCUUAAAUCCUGAAAAAAAAAAUGCAAGCAGCUCGGAAUUGAAUGAAUUGAUGGGCACACUCCAACUGCUGGGCUGGAGAGACUGGACUUGGUCUUGCCACUUCUGCUUCUUUGAAAGAGGAGAGAUCUUGGGCUUCCUUUUAAUUUAGUUUUUCUCCUUCUCUCCCCCCCCUCACCCUCCCUAACCUUCCCCUUUACCUCCCCCACCCCUCUAUUGCCACCCCCUUUUAAGUAAGAGAGUGAAGGGGAGCCACAGCGCACACGGGAACUGACUUGGAAGGCAAGGAAGAUGGGCAUCCUCAGCGUAGACUUGCUGAUCACAUUGCAGAUUCUGCCAGUUUUCUUCUCCAACUGCCUCUUCCUGGCGCUCUAUGACUCGGUCAUUCUCCUCAAGCACGUGGUGCUGCUCUUGAGCCGCUCCAAGUCCACUCGCGGGGAGUGGAGGCGCAUGCUGACCUCAGAGGGGAUGCGCUGCAUCUGGAAGAGCUUCCUCCUGGAUGCCUACAAACAGGUGAAAUUGGGUGAAGAUGCCCCCAAUUCCAGUGUGGUGCACGUCUCCAAUCCUGAAGGAGGCGACGACAAUGAAAAUGGUGCCCAGGAGAAGAUAAUUGCUGGAGCCGAGUGCCACCUUCUUGACUUUGCCUGCCCUGAGCGCCCACUGGUGGUCAACUUCGGCUCAGCCACUUGACCUCCUUUUACUAACCAGCUGCCAGCCUUCAGCAAACUGAUAGAGGAGUUCUCAUCAGUGGCUGACUUCCUGUUGGUCUACAUUGAUGAGGCUCAUCCUUCAGAUGGUUGGGCGGUGCCUGGGGAUUCUUCUUUGUCUUUUGAGGUGAAGAAGCACAGGAACCAGGAAGACCGAUGCGCAGCUGCCCACCGGCUUCUGGAGCGUUUCUCCUUGCCGCCCCAGUGCCGAGUUGUGGCUGACCGCAUGGACAAUAAUGCCAAUGUAGCCUAUGGGGUAGCCUUUGAACGUGUGUGUAUUGUGCAGAGACAGAAAAUUGCUUAUCUGGGAGGAAAGGGUCCCUUCUUCUACAACCUCCAAGAAGUCCGGCAUUGGCUGGAGAAGAAUUUCAACAAGAGAUGAAAUCUAGAUUAACUAGUUAAAGGUAUGAUUGUAAUGGAGCGAUAUAUAUGUGUGUGUGUAUAUAUAUAUAUAUAUAUAUAUAUAUAUAUAUAUAUAUAUAUAUAUAUAUAUAUAUAUAUAUAUGAAAGGAAGUGAAGAGCUGAAUCCACUAGUUCAGCUGAAUCUCAUUGCCUCCACUGAAUCUCAUUGCCUCACUGAAAGACAGGAAUUUACAUCUCAGAAGAACAUAAACUUCUAUCAUCUCAAUGCUUCUUUCAACACCCAAAAUAGCAUUUGGCUAAAUAGUAGCCCCAUCACUUCUCUUUCUAAAAGAAACUUCAAAGUUUUUCUGAUUGUAAAGAUCCCAAGAUGGAGAGGAAGAAGCCCUGUUUGCUACAGCUGAUGCAUGCUUUGGGACCUGAAGAAAAGACUCACCUGAAUAACUACCAUGUUAAGGAAGAAGCUACCAUUCUUGUUAGUAUAAGGGGUAUUGCCUAGGCUUUAUUCAGCAUGGAUAGAGCUCAACUAAAAAAUUCUUAAAUAUAUAUUUACAAUGGUACCUUGAACCCAGGCCAGGUGGUUAGGACCUUGGUGUUUAAAUGUUAGUUUCUAGCCAUGUAAUGCUCUAUACCAGUCUAAACAUCCCAGAGCUCACAGGUGUUUUUGUAGAUAUCAAGAAUGAUUCCUACCUGGAGGGUUAGAAUGAUCAUCUAAAACUGAGAGUUACUUUCAAGACAGGUGAGGAAAAUCAAGUUGACUAGCUAGGAAAAGGAGGCAGAAGGAUUAGGAAGCAUCAUAGAGUUUCACCUUGAGAGUAAUUUUUUAUCCACAGAAACAUGAAAAUAUACACAAGACCAGAAAAAGGAGUAGUUCAACUGAAAGUAGCAUAGAGAAUAUACGUAGGGAAUCAAUAUAUUUAUCAUAGUAUACUCCUAGAUUAAGGGAGAAAGGGGAAUUGAAAGGGAAAAACACACUCUAAUAUUUGCAUUUCUGAGGUUUGUUUUUUUUAAAUAAUUACUUUUUGAAAUGUAUUUGUGGUGCGUAUAUUUUCAGUGGGUGAAUUGCACCCACACCAUUGAGAGGUAAAACCAAUGGAUCCAGUAGUACUGAUCUGUCCCACUCCAUCUCUACAAUUGUGAUGUGGCCCUACUCAUUCUUUGUUUUAAAAUAUUUAUUGUUGAAAGUUUUGCAUAUGUCCCCCUUUUUCCCCAUUGACCAUUUCUAGCCCAGCCCCACCCCAUACCCCCUGCCUGGCCAUAUUCCUCUUGAUCUCUAUAGAAGUGUUUAAUCAAUGCUGAGCUCUUUGGCUCAAAAUAUGUAUACACAUUCAUUCUCAGAUGCUGUGGGAGGUAGGUGUCUUACCCAUUCAACUACAGCCCUGUUUUUCUUUCAAAGUAGGUGAGCUAUAAUGAAUGACCAGUACAAACAAACAUGGUUUCUUCAGUUGCAAAAUAGAGGAAGAGAAAAUUAGUUUGCGAUAAUUCCCAUCAAAGGCAAUCCUUAGUAGUAUGGAAUUUGGUAAAAUGGAAUAGCCAUUGACAUUUAAAUUUGGACUUGGAUCUUCCUUUGUUUCUAUUAGCUAAGGUCUAGUAAUCUAAGGCCUUUAUAGUACAUUAAUAUAAAGUUAUUUAUGGUAUAUAAAUCUCUUUAAAAUGAAGACAUGAUAGUUUUAUCUAUAAGUAACAUAAGUAAUAGACCUACAAAUUUUCUAUCAUAAAUUUAAGGACAUUAUUAAACACAGUAUAUGUUUUUAUUUAUAUGUAAAAUCAAAGGUUCUUAUGACCAUUCCAUUAAUAAUUGAAUCAUAAAAUAAAAUUAAUAUAAAAAGAUAUCUAAAGUUGAAAAUAACUUUCUGAACUAGUUUCCUGAAAUGAAAAAGAUGUGGGAGCUGAGUUUGCAAAAACCAGAAAUCUAUUUUUAUUUUUAGAUUGGAGUAAUAUAGUAAUCAUAUCACUGGUCAGUUUAUUGUUUAGAUAUUAAAGGGCCAUUUUAACUGACUCUUUAUACAACAACAUUUAAGCUUCUCAGUAUUUUAAAUUCUACAAAGUACACCUACAAAGAAACAAAGCAGAUUUUGACAUUGUGACACAAAUUUCUGAAAAAAUCACAUUGAAAAUGGAUUAUUUCAGAGUUAAAUAGUUAAACUCUAUAACUCAAGGCUUAUCAGUGGGCCCCAUUGAUUUUUAUCUUCAAAAUGGUGUUGAGAUUUCUGUGGCACAUAAAAGAUCAAUUGGUUGCAGCACACCCACCUUGUUUCCUUAAACUUUCCCCUUUGUUCUAUAUGUACAAUAAUGGAACAGGAUGUUAGAGAAGCUGGUAGGGGGAUGAGAUUCAGUGAAGGCAGUUAGUGCUAGUUGUCUGGGGAAAGGGUGAUAAAAAAAAAAAUCACCCAGUUGUGAUACAUUUUUAAAGAAAGAGAAAGUUGUGUGCGUGCAAUUCCUCUGGCUGAGGAUCAUCCAAUGGAGAAAUGAGGCAGUGGAAAUAGACAUACAAAGGCAUAGGCUGAAUAUCAGGGAAAAAGAUAUGUUCGAUAGAACAUAGAAGAGUCACUGGAAGAAAGACUGUUGGGGGCCAAUGGAGAAAAUGAAUUGACAAAGCUCAGGAAUCCUACAAUAUAUAGAAUGGCUUGGUGUUAUCAGAAUUAUGAUAAGUCUUUAAUUAUGUAACCUAUUUAUCUCAACAUAAACUUUUAUGAUUUUCUGUGAUGUAUCUUUUAUGAACUUAACGAGAACUCAUAGUUUGAGGUAGAGGGGAAUCGAUGCUUAGCUGACAUGCUCAGAGAAAUUAUUAGAUUGUCAAUACCCACCCCACCAAUCCUGUCUUUAUAAAGUAUGUUCCUUUGAAAAACUGUAGUUCUUAUUUUCACAAGGCAAAAUUUUUAUAUAUUUAAAAUUUUAUAUGUAAAACUUUGAGUUGUUGUUCUUAGCAACUAAGCAUCUUUUCCCCCUGUGUUUACAUGGAGCUAUCAGUUUAUCCUCUUAAACUGAAUUAGCUUGUCUGUUAUUGAAAUAGUUUCUGAGCAAUUUUAGAUAUUGUCAUAGCUUCUGGAUUCUCUCAGACAGGUAGUGUUUGAAAGACUUAUGUCUUGGAACUAUUCAAAACUUACUUUAUUUUUUUUAUUUUGUAUUUGAAAAUAUUAGUGGAAUCAACAAUGACUUUCUUAAUUGGGCAUGAAUAAAAUGCCUGCACAGUAAAGUAGACAUGUUUGAUACAGACAUUAAAAUGUAACUGACCUCCUUAGAAACAAAUUAGAACCUCUGUUCUUGCUUUGUGUAGCUAAAGUGACUGUCAUUUAACUUAUCUGACUUUUUAUAUUUAUGUUUUGUAUCUCUGGUCCUAUGUCUUCACCUUGUUUAUAGAAUGUACCCCUGAUUUUUGGUAAUAUCAACUUCUAAAUGGCAUAUUGAUUUAGUUAAAUCCUGCCACUAAUCAGGAAAUGCCUAUUCUAUGACCACGGAGAAAAGAAAAGACUGCUGCCUUUCAUUUUGCUUGAGUGUAUUUCACUAGUUGGGCUCUUGAAUAAAAAUUAAGAAAUAUGGUGAGGUCAUGCAUGAGGACUGCCUGGCUAGAUAAAAUACCAGAGAGGCAGGUGAAAGACAAUAUCUAGGCCUUUGGGGAAAUUCCCAGAUGGAUGCAAGGUAGCCUCAGCAUGUCCUAUGGACUAUGUCCAUAACGAGGAAUGUACUGUUGUACAGGACUUCCCAUUCUGUAAAUCCUAAGAGGAUCAAGUUGGGCAUUUAUUUCACCUGAACUCUGACUGAUAGUUUGAAAAAUAAGCUCAAUUAGAAUCACAUGGCCAUUGCAAAGAGAAAAAUGUGAACACCGAUGUCUGUCCUAUUGAAGAGUUAAUGAAAACUUUUUUACCAGCAUUUAGAGCUUUUCAGAACAUGCCCAAUGUCCAAUGUCAGAUCUCUCAACAGUUGAGACUAGCAAUGAGCCUUUUAAUUCUAGAAGCUUUAAAAACAAACAAAAAAUAUAUUGCCAAAAAUCAGAGCUAAAGUGUUUUUUGUUAUAUUCAAACCUCCUCCUUACUUCCUCCUUUAUUUUUAAAAUAGAAGCUAAACCCAGUCUUGAUAUGCAUUUCUAGAAUGGAGCACAAGUACCAACCUCUGCUUGGUGAUCAGCACUCUCUUGAUAGUAUCCUGAGGUUCUCUAGGAAAGAAGGGGGCAGGGCCUGGGAGAGUCAGGAAGUGGUUAGGUGGGAAGACCUUGGUGUACGUAUUUGGGAAAAUUCUAAAAGAAACUUCACACCUUUGGAGGAGGCCUGAGUGACUUUAGGAUGAGCCAAAGGGCCAUUUCCUAAUGCCUUACAUUCUGGAUAGCACCAGAAGCAAGGCCUCAGUCUUAAGAGACCCAUUUCUAUUCCACAGUGAGUCUAAACCAAGAAAGCAAACAUGUACAGAUAUCCAAACAAGACUGUUCAUGCAAGUCAGGGCUUGUUGCCUAUAUUGGGCAGCAGCACUAGCGCUCCAGAGAGUUUAUUUAAUAUUUAUUGAGGAGCCUUUGAAGACCUAAGCAAUGUUUAAUGAAGUCAUAAUUUUGGCUCAAAACUCCUCCUACCCCCCUGAAAACAUGAACAGGUAAACACAUAAAUUAAAGAAAUCCACAGAAGGUUUUGGGAAAUAAAUAAAAUUCUCCCAAGACUUCUCCAGACCAUGUCACUGGUGGGUGUGGUUUUCAUGUGUGUUAGAAUUGGAGGAUGUGGAAACAUGAGUAUCUAGUAUUAUACAACCAAAGCCAUGAUAAGAUAUUGGGUAGGGAAUGUUGGCCAGUUUUCUUUAGUUUUGCAUCACAUUAUCACCAGACUCCAUCACUAGCCCAAAUAAUCGGGCCCCCGAAGAGGGAGAUUGGGAUGUGUGGAGGCUACCAGUGUGCGAAUGAUAACUACUGACCAAAGAGUCAUUGACUCAGUUAGUGGUUGGAUGUAGUCACAUUCGUUUGCUUCUGCCCAUCUUUGUCUUCCCAGCAAGGAGAAUAUUCGGGGCAUGAUGCCAUGAGUACUGGGUAAAUGUGGUGAGAAUGCAUGUGUGUAUCUCUGCUUCUUGGUUGCAGAAACAGAAAUGCUUUGGAGACUAUCAGUAGAAAGAGUGUUAUUAUAUUGGUGCUGAGUGGUAUGUGUGCUUCUACAAUUUGUCCUUGUAUUUUAAUAAACUUUGAAUAAAAGAAUAAAGUUA